AUGGAAGCCGCCCGCCUGCUGCCCAGCUUCGCUCUGUGUCUGCAGCUACUGGUUCUCUGCUGUCAAACUCAGGGGGAGAAUCACCCGUCUCCUAAUUUUAACCAGUACGUGAGGGACCAGGGUGCGAUGACCGACCAGCUGAGCAGGCGGCAGAUCCGUGAGUACCAGCUCUACAGCCGGACCAGCGGCAAGCACGUGCAGGUCACCGGGCGUCGUAUCUCCGCCACCGCUGAGGACGGCAACAAGUUCGCCAAGCUCAUCGUGGAGACAGACACCUUUGGGAGCCGGGUGCGCAUCAAGGGGGCUGAGAGUGAGAAAUACAUCUGCAUGAACAAGAGGGGCAAGCUCAUUGGGAAGCCCAGCGGGAAAAGCAAAGACUGUGUGUUCACGGAGAUCGUGCUGGAAAACAACUACACAGCUUUCCAGAACGCCAGGCACGAGGGCUGGUUCAUGGCCUUCACGCGGCAGGGCCGGCCCCGCCAGGCCUCACGCAGCCGUCAGAACCAGCGCGAGGCUCACUUCAUCAAGCGCCUCUACGAGGGCCAGCUGCCCUUUCCCAACCAAGUGGAGAGGCAGAAGCAGUUCGAGUUUGUGGGCUCAGCCCCCACCCGCCGGACCAAGCGCACUCGGAGGCCGCAGCCCCUGACAUAG